GACAUGACCAAAGAUGAGACUACGACCACAGCAGCCACAGCGGUUGGAAUGGAGACUACUCCGAAAAACGACCUAACCCCUGGCCUACCAGCCCCUGACCUACCUCCUAGAGAGCAGUGGACUCAGAAAAUGGAUUUUAUAUUUUCUUGUAUCGGAUACAGUGUCGGGUUGGGAAAUGUCUGGAGAUUUCCAUAUCUAUGCUACAAAAAUGGUGGAGGUGCAUUUAUGAUACCCUACUUGAUCACAUUGUUCUUCGCUGGCAUACCGAUGUUCUUUCUGGAGCUGAGUUUAGGUCAAUAUCUGAGUGUCGGUGGUCUGGGUGUUUGGAAGAUUUGCCCCGUCUUUAAAGGGGUGGGAUAUGGUGCACUUAUUGCAGCCGCUUGGCUGAAUGUCUACUACAUAGUUGUAUUGGCCUGGGGUACGUUCUAUAUGUUCUCCUCGUUCACAUCCGUUCUGCCAUGGUCCUCUUGCGAUAAUUACUGGAAUACAUAUUCGUGUAGAUCUGAUUACGAACUCGCUCAUUGUCGUAAUCACGGAGUCGGAAGUAGUGAAAGUGUCGAAAGUUUUGGUUCGAUGAAUAGUUCUGCUUUCCAUUGGGAGAGUUCCAAUCAUUCGAAGAUGUGUCCUGAUGAGAAUAUGAUGACGGCUUCCCCUGAGAGAGAAUUCUGGGAGUAUCGCGUUCUUCAAAUUACGGACGGCCUAUGGACUCCUGGAAUAAUAAGAUGGGAGCUGGCAUUGACGUUGUUGUUAGCUUGGAUUGCAUGCUACUUCGCCAUUUGGAAAGGUGUCAAGUGGACUGGAAAGAUAACUUGGUUCACUUCCAUGUUCCCUUACGUUCUGUUACUAAUUCUUCUAAUUCGGGGUCUUACUUUGCCAGGGGCCGGUCAAGGCAUUACCUAUUAUUUGAAACCUAAUUUUUCACGCCUCUCUGAUUCUAUGGUCUGGAUAGACGCUGUGACGCAAAUUUUUUUUUCGUACGGACUGGUUCUCGGAGCGCAGAUUGCACUGGGAAGCUACAAUAAGUAUCACAACAACUGCAUGAAGGACGCUCUCAUAAUCUCUUGCAUCAACAGUGGGACGAGCCUUUUUUCAGGUUUCGUAAUAUUUUCCGUGAUUGGCUUCAUGGCUCAGCAGCAAGGAAAAUCUGUGGCCGAAGUUGCUCAGUCUGGUCCGGGUCUUGCGUUCCUCGUUUAUCCCUCUGCUGUCAGCCAACUACCAUUGUCACCCCUUUGGUCGGUUUUAUUCUUUCUGAUGCUGUUUUUUGUCGGACUGGAUAGCCAGUUUUGCACGGUGGAAGGCUUCGUAACGGCUGUUGUUGACGAAUGGCCUCACUUAUUUCGAAAAAGAAAAGAAGUCUUCGUCCUAGUAACCUGCGUUUUGUCAUAUCUAGUCGGCUUAUCCAUGGUCACACAGGGCGGCAUAUACGUGUUUGAGCUGUUCAACUUCUACUCAGCUUCUGGAACAGUUCUACUGUUGCUAAUAUUUUUUGAGUGCAUCGCCAUCUCUUGGUCGUACGGAGUGGACCGGUAUUACGAUGCUCUGACUGACAUGUUAGGCUAUCGACCUUGCUAUUGGUGGAAAUUUUGCUGGACAUUUACAACUCCAUUCAUUUGUUUGGGAACGUUCUUGUACCACGUGAUUCAGCACCAACCAAUCAAAUAUAUGGAUUAUUCUUACCCUCUAAGCGGACAGGUGAUUGGCUGGUUCAUGACCAUGUCCUCCUUAAUUGUCAUCCCGAUAUAUGCCAUGUUUAAAUUUUUCCACGAAAAAGGAACUAUUUUGGAGCGGUUGAAAAAGAUUUGUCGGCCAGACGUCGAUGAGCCAGUGAAACGAAAACUUUUAAACAGAGACAACGUUUAAAUAUUGUUACUCAUUUUUAAAGAAAAAAAUUACAGUAAUUGAAAAAUAAUUUGAAUUUUGGAUUAUUUUUUAAUAAAAUUCGUCGAUUUUAUUA